UCAAACUAGAAAACCCGACCCACCCGAUACGUGGAUCCCCUUUGACCCCUAAACCCUAAUUUUGGGUUUAUCGAUCACAAAGAGAAAUCAACAUUUUGAGACAGCCAAAAAGUGGGACUUCAAUGGCUGAAACAAUGGAAAAACCAGCAAAGGUGAUUGAGAGCAAGGAAGAAGAAGAAGAAAAAGAAGAAGAAGAAGAGAAAAGCUUCGAAGAGUUAGGAUUGGACCCUCGUCUUAUUCGUGCCCUAAUCAAGAAGGGGAUUGAUAAGCCCACGCCGAUUCAGCAAGUCGCUAUUCCUCUAAUAUUAGAAGGUAAGGAUGUGGUUGCUCGUGCAAAGACUGGUUCCGGGAAGACCUUUGCAUACCUCCUUCCGUUGCUUCAGAAGCUGUUUACUGAUUCUGUUUCAAAGAACAAGCUUGCUCCAAGUGCAUUUGUUCUUGUCCCAACUCGAGAGCUGUCUCAGCAGGUUUAUACAGAGGUUUCAUCUCUCAUUGAAUUAUGUAGAGUUCAAUUGAAAGUUGUACAGUUGACGAGCAGUAUGACUGCUUCUGAUUUGCGGGCUGCAUUAGUAGGACCUCCUAAUAUUCUGGUUUGUACCCCUGCUUGUAUACCAAAAUGCUUUUCAGCUGAUGUACUUCAAUCUGCAUCCAUCAAUAGCUCACUUGAAAUUCUUGUACUUGAUGAGGCAGAUCUUCUGUUGUCAUAUGGCUAUGAAGAUGAUAUAAAAGCCUUUACAGCUCACAUCCCUAGACGCUGUCAAUGCCUUCUUAUGUCUGCUACAUCAAGUGCUGAUGUUGAGAAACUGAAGAAGCUGAUUUUACACAACCCCUUCAUUUUGACUUUGCCAGAAGUGGGAAAUAUUAAGGAUGAGGUUAUUCCCAAAAAUGUUCAGCAAUUUUGGAUAUCGUGCAGUGAUCGUGAUAAAUUACUUUACAUCCUUUCCCUCUUGAAGUUGGAUUUGGUUCAAAAGAAAGUUCUAGUAUUCACUAAUACCAUUGACAUGGGUUAUAGAUUAAAAUUAUUUCUGGAAAAGUUUGGAAUCAAGUCUGCUGUUUUAAAUGCUGAGUUGCCACAAAAUUCUCGUCUCCAUAUUCUUGAGGAAUUCAAUGCUGGGCUUUUUGAUUAUUUAAUUGCAACUGAUGAUAGCCAAACAAAAGAGAAGGAAGAAACCAAUAGGGAGGGUAAUGCUGAACGAAGAAAGUCUAGAAAGCAUGCCAAGCAAAAAUUGGACUCAGAAUUUGGAGUAGUGAGGGGUAUUGAUUUCAAAAAUGUACACACGGUUAUAAAUUUUGAAAUGCCUGAAAGUGCUGCUGGAUAUGUUCAUCGAAUUGGACGCACUGGAAGAGCAUAUAGUACUGGUGCUUCUGUCUCUCUUGUUUCUCCAGAUGAGAUGGAAAUUUUUGAAGAAAUAAAAUCUGUUUUGGGAGAUGAUGAAAACAAAGACUCAAACUUAAUUUCUCCAUUUUCUUUACUCUCAAAAAAUGCAGUGGAAUCUUUACGAUACCGAGCUGAGGACAUUGCAAAGAGUGUGACAAAAGUUGCUGUGAAGGAGGCAAGAUUUCAGGAUUUGAAGAAGGAAAUUCUUAACUCGGAAAAAUUAAAAGCUCAUUUUGAAGUUAAUCCAAGGGACUUAGAUCUAUUGAAACAUGACAAAGCUCUCAGUAAGAAGCCCCCUGCUCCUCACCUACGUGAUGUGCCUGACUACCUAUUGGACCCAAAAACCCAAGAAGCCAGCAAACUUGUUAAGCUUUCUAGGGCUGCAAUGGGAAAUAACAAAUCUAUGCGUCGUGAGGGAUCUAGGAAAAAAUUCAGAAAAAGUAAAGACCCUCUCAAGACAUUCUCUGCUGAGGCACCAAAAAGAGAUCGUAAAGGUGGGAUUAAGAGUGAGGGCAAAGAUGGUGAUGACAGCCAUAAACACAAAAAGAAAAAAUCUAUUUGAUUUAUAUGUUUAGCUGCGGCUUUAGAUCCAUACAUAACCUGGGGUUAGCAAUCAAAGCCCCACAAUUUUGUAUUAAAUUAUGUGUUAAAUUGCAGUUUCCUUUCAAAUGACUAUAUCCAGAAGUCGUAUGUUUUACAAAAAUUCCUUGUAUAAUUCUAAUUUAUUCUUUAUUCUAGUCUGGCUCAAACAA